AUCAACGCCCGGACAGAGGAGGAUGAAGCAUCGUAGUGCGUCUCGGUUCUUCUCGGCGUUUGAUGAAGGUAGGGUAGACCAAGUCGCACCUUUGUUUGGAGGGAGUAGUGCCCCGGUCUCAUGCGAGUGACAAGAGUGGGAGGGAACAAUAGGAGUUAUAAGGGAAACAUAAGCUGGCAAGCUAAUAGUCUGUCACCGCUACCGACGGCCCCCACUUUUCCAGUCUGCCAAUUUGGGUCUUUCCCAGUCUGGUUAACAACGUCUCCCAAGUAAAAUUCAGUCUUUCGUGAGCUGGACAUACAUUUUAGCCAGAUAACUGACCGGCCUUAAUCACCACCGCGUUCUCAACCAAGUUCAUUCUGGGUCACUGUUCUGUUUUGCUGCUGUAAGGUGGAACAGCUCUGCUGUGCCUUGUGAGCAGUGACAGACUGACAGUAGGACUGACAGACCCCUCCGCACCCUGCCUUCCUUUUCAUGGAUGCCAGGGUGGUCCUGCUGCAGUUGUGGACACUCCAUGUCCUGACAGCGCCAUUGAAGUGGACUGAUGCUGCAGAGGUGUACACCAACACUUGGGCGGUCCAGAUUAAAGGGGGCCAAGAGGUCGCUGACUGCAUUGCCAGGAAACAUGGCUUCAUCAACCACGGCAAUGUUUUUGGAGAUUAUUAUCACUUCAGGCAUCAUGUGGUGGAGAAGAGGUCCCUGUCUGAACACAGGGGAAUCCAUAUCAGACUGCACAAAGAACCACAGGUGCAAUGGGCAGAGCAGCAGGUGGUGAGACGGAGAAAGAAGAGGGAUGUCCAUGAAGAACCAACAGAUCCUGAAUAUCCCAAGCAGUGGUACUUGUCCAACCCAACUCAUCAGGACCUGAAUAGCAAAGAAGCCUGGGCCCAAGGCUAUACGGGAAGAGGUGUGGUGGUUACCAUCCUGGACGAUGGUAUUGAGAAAGACCAUCCUGAUCUUAUCAGCAAUUAUGAUCCUGAAGCCAGUUAUGAUGUCAACGAUGGAGAUACUGACCCUCAGCCACGAUACACGCAGCGCAACGAGAAUAGGCACGGAACGCGCUGUGCAGGAGAGGUUGCAGCUGCAGCCAACAAUGGUGUGUGCGGUGUAGGCGUGGCAUACAAUGCUAAAAUUGGAGGCGUGCGUAUGUUGGAUGGGGAAGUGACAGACGUGGUGGAGGCCCAAUCUCUCAGUCUUAAUCCUCAGCACAUUCACAUCUACAGUGCCAGCUGGGGGCCAGAUGAUGACGGCAAGUCUGUGGAUGGCCCUGCCAAGUUGGCCAAGGAGGCCUUUCUCCAGGGGAUCACCAAGGGCCGUGGUGGACUGGGCUGCAUCUUUGUGUGGGCAUCAGGUAAUGGCGGUCGGGAAGAGGACAAUUGUAACUGUGACGGCUACACCAACAGCAUCUAUACACUUUCCAUCAGCAGCACAACACAGUACGGUAAUGUGCCCUGGUACAGUGAGACAUGCUCCUCCACCCUCGCCACUACCUUCAGCUCCGGAAACCCUGGGGAAAAACAAAUAGUUACCACAGAUCUUAGGCAGAAAUGCACAGAUUCACACACUGGGACAUCAGCUUCAGCCCCACUCGCAGCUGGAAUCAUUGCCCUUGCUCUGGAGGCCAAUACAAAUCUGACCUGGAGGGAUAUGCAGCACUUGGUCGUGAGAACAUCCCGCCCCGGCCACCUUAGCGCUGCUGACUGGAAAACUAAUGGCGUAGGGCGCCGAGUAAGUCAUUCAUAUGGUUAUGGGCUUCUGGAUGCAGGUGCCAUGGUGGCCCUUGCACAAAAUUGGACCAGAGUGGGGCCACAGCACCAAUGUGUUCACACCAUGCUCACGGGUCCAAGGGAGAUCGGGAGCAAGCUGGUGUUCAGCAAAAGUGUGGAUUCCUGCUGGGGGCGACCAGAGUAUGUCAGCUCUCUGGAGCACGUCCAGGUUCGCCUCACCCUCUCCCACAACCAGAGAGGGAAACUGGCCAUCCAUCUCAUUAGCCCACUGAGCACACGCUCCACCCUGUUGUCCCCCAGGCCCAACGACUACUCCUCCGAGGGUUUUAAUGACUGGGCCUUCAUGACCACACACUCAUGGGAUGAGGAUCCCCGGGGGGAGUGGACCCUGGAAAUAGAGAACGUCGCAGUAAACGGGCACGACUACGGUGUGUUGAGUCAGUUCACCCUUAUCCUGUGGGGCACCGGGUCCAGCGCUGUUAACCCUUCAUCAUCCGAUUUCCCUCGGCCGUCCAACAACAGCUGCAAGACCUUUGACGCCCAACAGAUAUGCAUAGAGUGCAGCCCGGGCUUCUCCCUCUUCCUUCAGGGUUGUGUGAAGCUUUGUCCUCCAGGCUUCACCUCUGCGCCACAGCUCCUCAACCUGUCCCUGGAGAACUGGGUGGACCUCUCCUCCAUCCAGGCCUGCCUGCCCUGCAAUCCCGCCUGCCUCACCUGCUCUGGCACCGGGCCCACAGACUGCCUCUCCUGCCCUCCUCACAGCCACCUGGUCCUUACCUCCUGCCUUCACCAGAACCAGGUGCAACGCAAAUCCCCUCCCGGCGGGGGACUCCAUGGAGGCGGGGCCCAAUCAGAGCAGGGGAGCCUAGUGGGAAAUGGCGAAGGACAAGGGGUCCAGCUCCCAGGGCUCAGCACAGCUCCGUCCUCUCAGCUGCCCAUCCUGCUGGCUGUGCUGUGCUGUGCCUUCAUCCUGGCUGCCUUCGCCGGGGUCUUCCUCCUGCUGCAAAUGCGCUCGGGCGGCACCCGCCGAAGCCUGAGGACCAAACUGCCGACCAUUGAGACAGGGACAAGAGGACUGCGGGUGGGCUUUGGCUUCAGCCAGGGACGGGAUAGGAAGGCCCGAAUAUGCUAUAGGGGGAUCCCCACCGUGUGGGGGGAUGAGGAUAUGGCGGCCUACGAGUCUGAAUCAGACAGCGAGGAGUUGGACUUGCACAGUGAGAGGACAGCUUUCAUCAGGACACAGAGCUCGCUAUAGUUCUGUCCCUGGUCUGUGUCCAAACCCCUGCACCUCUCGAUCUCUCGCUAUCUGUCCAAUGGCUUGGGCAUUGUGAGACCUCGUGCUGGACGUCAUCAGCGCCUGCUUCGAACUCGCUCAAUGAAAGUGAUGUAUGAAUGAGAACUAAGUAAGUGCAGUUCAAUCCUUGAAUAUCAAAGCCUUACACUUUCAUCAACAUCCCAUCCAAAUGCAGUAACGAAAAUUAAUCAUUUGUUUAUUUAUUCAUUCAUCUUUGUUAUUUAUCAGACUCCAUAAACAUCACGGUUGGAUGAAUUCAUUGUGUAUUUGCUUUGGUGCUCCAACAUUAAUUUAUCAGUGGAUUGGAAUUGUUUCUGGAUUUUAAUUUGACCAUCUGUUAAAUAAGUAGACAGCAGGGGUCCGCGGUGGUGUAGCAGUCUAAGCAUCGGCUUUGUGUCGAUGCAGUUGCCCACUGGGGACCGGGGUUCACGCCCUGGUCCCGUCAGAUCCGACUCUGGCCGGACUCGAUGAAGCAGCAAUAAUUGGCAACGCUGACUUCGGGAGGGGGGUGGAGUCGGCUUGUGUUCGUCACAUAAAUGCGUCUCUGUGUGUGUCGGAAAAAGCACUGGUUCAGCCUGCUUCGGUUCGGCCGGAGAGAUGCAGUUGGCGAACGCAUGCAGUACACGGGCCGGUGUUUUAACUAAAAUAGGGAUUGAUUGGCCACUAAAUUGGGAGAAAAAGGGAAAAAUCAGAAAUAAAUGUAUUUUUUUUAAAAAUCAGUAGACAGCAUGAUUAAACCAGAGGCAGGGGUUUUAUAAGUUGUACUUGCUAUGUAUUGUGAGGGUCUUGUAAAAACCUUGCAUCAAACAUUCAGCCAGUUAGGAAUGCUUCUUUUUUUUUUUUCCUUUUUUUUUUUCAACAUUUUUUCCUAUGCCCAUAAUCCCCAACCCUAGUCAAAGAGUAAAUGUCACAUUUGGGGGGGGGGGGGGGCACUGUUAGCUGUAGGAAUAAAAUCUUAUUAGGAGAACAUUAUGAAAAAUGUCCAGUUGAAGAGUAAGGAUUUCAGCAGGUUACCUAAGGAUUUGCAAAAUCCAGCAGGCUGUCAUCUUUUUUUAUAAUGGCAGUGUGAGAGAUGCAGUGUUUACAAUGAUGGCACUGGUGGAAUUUGCCAAUGCGACAUGUAAGAUGAGAAGUUCACAUAUUAUUGAUGGAUGAAGAAGUAACAGCCGGAAGGAGUGCUCAAUGCUUUUUGAAUGGAAGGCGGGGGGGGAUCAUUUAACCUAAAGCUGCUCCUGUAACCUUUUCAGCGUCUGUUUAUUUGGCUGCUGUUGGCAAGAAAUAAGAUCACUUUGUCUUCAUUCUCUCCAUAGAGGCCAUAUUGAUUUUUGGACUUCUCUCCCAUAUUGUCUUUAUCAGGGCAAAGAAGACGAGAGAUUUCCCCGUUCUCUUACCAGUUCCAUACAUUUUGAAAGAUAAAUGUGGGUCGUUUCCCAUUUGUGGACAUUUGGACUUGUGGGUGCACAAGUUGAAUUAAAAGCCUUUGGAUCAAAAAUUAUGAUGAGUGAAUGAACGGUUGCUAAAUUGCAUUUUCUACCUGUUUCUUUUUAUAUCCUUUUUUAUUUAAAACUGACUGAGUGUAAAUAUUGUUGAUCAAUUUCAUGCCGGAAUAAAAUGACUU